AUGGCCUCGAAACCGCAAGCAGAGGUCAUCCAAGAAUGGGCCGACUUUGACUCGGCAGGCUACAGCUUCGAACGUGGGCGCAUGGAAAAGACGGUCCAGUCCCUGUGUUUCGGCGAAAAUGCAGCCACAGUCCCAGCAAACAUCGCUGCCGGUCCCUCGCAGGGUCAGAAACUCAAGAAGGACGAUGUGGACUUCAUUGUCACGGAGCUGCUUGUCUCACGGCACGUCGCAGAAGCGACACUAGCUAAGCAUAACGGCGAUGUGGAGAAGGCGCUUACCGAGCUUGUUUCUGGGCCCUAG